ACCCAUGAUCCUCUGCGCUGUGACGUUAGCGGAAUCAUGGCAGCCUCCAGAACUACUAUGGAGAACGAAGACAACAUCCCGGAAUAUGAAUAUGUUGAUGUCAAUACCAACGUUUUUCACAUCGGCUCAUUCCAGAGCGAGUGGCUGAAAAGACUGAGCCCCCAAGAGUGGUCCUACCAGCAACAGGACGAGACAGAGUUCGACGCGAACUUCGCUAAAGACAUGCAGAUCAAUGCGCAGACCAUGGACGCGCUCAAGUCCGUCUGCAGCUAUGAUUCCCUUUGUUGUCACCCCGAGGAAGAGAAGCCUGAUAUGGAAACAGUACCUGAGGAUUCUAUUCUUAGAACACUUUUACAGAGGAAAAAAAGACAAGAUUACAAAGCCUCUCUGAAAAUCCACAAGAACAGACACGAUCUCUAUGCAGAAGAACUAGACAGAUUAACAGUCGUUCGGAAACCAGACACUGUCACAGACAUGUUGCCAGAGGGAGAGAUCAUCCUAACCAUCAACAUUUACUACCCUGCUGUUUUUGAUAAAUUUAACUAUGUAAGACCCCACAUGACUCUGCUGAUGACUGGCUCCCACACUUUGGCUGAACUCAGAGACGCCAUUUGUUGCGUCAGUGACUUGCAAGUGUGCGGCGAGUUCAGCAACACACCAGACGUGGCCCCGGACUUCACAAGUAAAGACCUUUAUAAGUCUGCAUUCUUCUUCUUUGAAGGGAUUUUCUACAAUGACAUGCGAUUCCCUGAGUGCCAAGAUAUCAGCAUGACGAUCAUUGAAUGGGCAAAGUCCCACAACUUCCCUCCCUACAGCCAGGCCGGGAUGGAGGACACUCGCUUUUCGGAUUUGAAAGUAAAAGUAGGCUUUCCGUACCUGUACUGUCACCAGGGAGACUGCGAGCACCUCGUCAUCAUCACAGAUGUCAGACUGACACACAGGGACGACUGUCUGGAUAAGAAGUUUUACCCGCUGCUCAUCCACAAGCACAGAAUAGCCACCCAGAAGUGUGCAGUCUGCCACAUCUUCAUUGGAAGGUGGUUCACAAAGAAUGAUCAGUUUGCUCCCAGUGACCCUUGUCUCUUCUGUGAAAAAUGUUUCCGAAUGCUUCAUUACGACAGCGAGGGGAAAAAGCUUGGUAAUUUUGUUGCAUAUCCCUAUGUUGACCGUGGUGCCUUCAACUGAAGUUGUCCCCCUAGUGAGAUGCACAUAUCACCGAGUUAAAUGCUGUACAAUACAGUUUUAAUAUCUUUCUAAUGAGAGAAAUUUUUUUUUUGUUCUUUUUUUGUCAAAUAUUUUUGCUUUGACAAGAAUUGUUUGUCUGCAAACUUAUGUUCUAUUUUGAAAUGAAUAAAAAAAUGUUGAAUUUAAAGGAUCUCAGUUAUGUAUUGUGUAUUACAUUAGUUUUGGGGGGUAAUACAAUUUCCAGAAUUCCCAACCAGUCCAUAGCACAAGAAUGUUUUGGGAUUGUUAUUUUAUAGUAAAAAACACAAAGAAUUUCAAUGAAACCUGGUGAAACAGAUAAAAGACACCAGACUGACUUCUCUUAUAAUCAUGCUCAAAAACAAAGCAACAGAGUGCAGAAAAUCUUAAACUGAUGAGUCAGACAGUGAAAUAUGAUGAAAUAAGUGUUUGGAUAGUUACUCAGCAGCACACUCCCUUCAGUUUCUACUUUCAAACUCCACUUAACUACAUGAAAGAACAUUGUAAUGCCUACCAAACUGCUAUUGUCAUUGAGACAAUAUAAACAGAUGGUUAUGCACCUCAACCACUGUGGUGCAUGUGAAGACAAUAGUGAUAUGAAAGUUGAUAUGCCUUACUAAAACUUUCCAUGCAAUAGCACCACAAUCUACUAACUCACAGCAAAAAAGUUAGUUUGAUUCUCUAGUGUACAAGUGGUUUCCUGGGGGUCCUCGACUUAUGUCAUAGUUCUGUUCCUAUGAUAUGAUGUAACACUGACCUACACUAACACAGUGGUAACACAAUCCAUUGACAACCUACAGGUGGUGAAUGUAAACAGAGGCAUGUACUGUGUGUAACCCUGUGUGAUGACGCAUUCUCUAAUAUUGAAGGUUGGUCCGUGUGUGUGUGUGUGUAAAAGCAUUUUAAAACAAUACCUGACAGUCAGUGUUGUCUAUAGACUACUUUAAUAUGAGAUGCUGAGACAGGUCAUAAAACAAGCACAAAAAUACUCUUAUUUACAACCACGUGUUAAAAUACCACGGUUGAGUAGACACUUGAAUGCGGCAAACAACCAUUCGCAAGCUGCGGAAUUUUCUUUGUCCACUUCUGAAGGCAGCAAGUAGCAGAAAUUGUCACACACCAACAGUUUGUUAUGGAGGAAUCUGUGGGUGAAGCACAUCUAUAAAUAAUUCAGUGGUGUGACAUUAUUAAUUGCCAAAGACAAAUUCAAACUUGUACCAAUCAACAAAACAUCUCUCCCACAAAAGGAAUGCUGCCAGAUGUAAUAAUUUUAGUAAGAGCUAAGUUGACACUGUUCCAGAAUAACAACUUCUUGAGCUUUUGCCAGUUAUACCUUAAGCGACUAUGCAGAUAGGAAAGAAAAAGGAGUACACAUAUUAAAAAAAUAAACCAACUUAGUCAUUAUUUUCAUGGUUAGAGAUGUUUGAUGUGUUGGACAAGUCUUUGAG